AUGGUGACUCUCGCGGAGGUGCUGGGUCUCCUGCUGGUGUCCGUGUUAUGGGGCUGUACCAACCCAUUCCUUAGAAGAGGCACGGAAGGUAUUGAACAUGUGGACAAGAAAGGCAAAGUUGCUCAGUUUCUCGCUGAGGUCAAGUUUCUCUUCUUUAAUCUUAAGUAUCUCAUCCCGUUCGUUCUGAAUCAAAGUGGCUCUUUGGUCUACUAUUACACCCUUUCCACGACAGACUUGUCAUUGGCUGUCCCCGUGUCCAACUCGCUCACCUUUUUAUGGACUCUUGUCACCGGCAAGUUGCUGGGUGAAAACUUGGGAGGAAAACAGGCUGUUGCCGGAAUGUUCCUCACUAUGGUUGGGAUCACUCUGUGUAUCAUAAGCUCCAUGGAUGAUGUAAGCUCUCGGACUCAGUCCUGA